GCCAAACUGAAAAAAGAAAUAGAAGAACUAAAGCAAGAGCUGAUUCUGGCAGAAAUUCAUAAUGGAGUGAAGCAAGUGUCUGUUCCAUCGAGAACUUCACUACAGACUAAUUGCACUGUUUCUGAAAGUGUGAUACAGUCUCCAUCAGUAACAACCACCGCCUCUUCUGGUACAAAAGAACAGAUCAGAGGAGGAGGAGGAGAAGAAAAGAAGGUAAAAGAGAAGACUGAAAAGAAAGGAGAGAAGAAGGAGAAGCAGUCCGCAGCUGCAAGUGCUGACUCCAAGCCUAUCGACGCAUCGCGCCUGGACCUUCGAAUUGGUCGCAUCGUUACUGCCAAGAAACACCCGGAUGCAGAUUCACUGUAUGUGGAAGAAGUAGAUGUGGGAGAAGCAGCCCCGCGAACUGUCGUCAGCGGGCUGGUGAAUCAUGUUCCUCUAGAACAGAUGCAAAAUCGGAUGGUGAUUUUACUUUGUAAUCUGAAGCCUGCAAAGAUGCGGGGAGUACUGUCUCAAGCAAUGGUGAUGUGUGCCAGUUCACCAGAGAAAGUGGAGAUUCUGGCCCCUCCCCAUGGGUCCGUCCCUGGAGACAGAGUUACUUUUGAUGCUUUCCCUGGAGAGCCUGACAAGGAGCUGAACCCUAAGAAGAAGAUCUGGGAGCAGAUCCAGCCUGACCUGCACACCAAUGAUGAGUGUGUUGCCACAUACAAAGGGGCUCCCUUUGAGGUGAAGGGGAAGGGGGUUUGCAGGGCCCAAACCAUGGCCAAUAGUGGAAUUAAAUAAGUGCUCUGUAACUGAAAGACAUUGGCAAAACCUUAAUAACAAUAAAGAGAAGUGUGUUUAUCACUUACCCAGAAAA